ACAUUCACAAAUAAAAAAACGUACUAGACUAAUCACAUAGUUUCAGCCUGAUGUAAACAAUAUGUGAGAUACUAAAUCAUUAACAUAAUUGAAAGUGGGGUACCAAAUUGUUCGAAAGUCAAUACCGAUACCAAAUUGUUAAUUAUAAGGAGCUUUAAAAUAAUUUGCUCAAAAUUGAACGGUCAUUAUUAAUUAAUUAUAGCUAGUUAAGCCUCUCCCGCCAUUUUCUUUUAAAAACAGCACCAUUAAUGGCUUCACUAUUUCCUAAAUCUCUCCCCCUUCACUUCAUUUCCUCCUCUACUCACCGUAAUAGUCCUACUACUACUAAUAAUAAUCAUAAUCAGAAUUUGCUGCUGCUCCAACUGCAAGAAUGGAAAAUCAGGUGCUUCACCUUUAACAAACUUAACCACCUCAGUCUUACGCCCAUGUCUACGCAAUUAAAGAGGAGGAGAAGUUUGAUCUGUGCAGUCAGUCACGACGCUGAGUCGUCAUUUAAAAAGACUGUGGAAGUUGAUAGGCUGAUCGAUACCCUUAGGGAUGCAAGUCCAGGAGAACUUCAGAAGCUUGUGGUCCGAAAUGUCCUUGCUUUCGAUGCUAGUUUUUGGAUACGACUUGCAGCAAGAUCUGAUACCUGCAAAUCAGAGGAUGAUAAAAAAGAUUGUGAGGAAUUGGCUGGAUUGGUAAUGAGCAUUAUGGAUUCGCUUUUCCACAAGACUAAAGCAGUAGAAGAUGGGGGUAAACCUGGACUUGUAGCAAUGCUACAAAAGGUUUUGCAGCUCUAUGCUUCUGAGAUUCUCCCAAAACGUAGUUAUGCAAAGAGAGGAGAUGAAAUUUUGAAGGCCGAGAAGUUCCUUGAGACGAUAAUCAAAGGGACUGCAUUUCCAACAAAUGCAUCAGUUGGACUCUACUCCGAAAUAAUUGAGCUGAAAGAUGCGUUUUGCCUGAACUAUUGAGACCUUUUUCUUUGUUUUCGUCUGGAAUAUUCAUGUUUCUACAUACGCUAUCGGAUAGUUGUUGAUGUUUAGGUUGUUAAAUUUCGUUUAUUUCUAUCCUAAAUUUUGUCUUGCCAUGAUUUUAUGA